AUAUGAAUUACUACAUUAUGAAACUAUUACACUGCACAAUAGUAUUAUGGUACAUGAACAUAUCUCCUAUAAGCUCUUUUUAUCACGAGAUAUCAACCGUAAAUCCGAAUGUCCCGUUACCAAAAGACUCGUAUUUUGGGUACAGCAUGGCUUCCUUAGAUAAUGACCUCGUGAUAAGUGCACCAAGAGCUGAUAAUAUUGGGAAAAUAUUUAAUUAUGACACUAGAACCGAUACCACGACGAGUAUAUUUUUGAAUCUUAAAAGAGAGGUUACGGAGUUUAACCAUGACUAUUGGCUGGGAGCCACUGUCGCAAAAGGACAUUCAUAUUUCGUGACUUGCGCGCCAAGAGUUGUAGAAUACAAUUUACACCCUCCGAUAGACCCGUUCACGUCAGGGACAUGCUUUAGUUUCAGAAAUAAAACAAUUAUGAAAUUGCCAGGAAAAAAAGAAAACACUAAUAUCUUCAAUGGAAAUUUAGAUUCUUUUGGAUGGAGCAUCGAUGUGGAUCCUCUAAAUAGAAUUAUGAUAGGCGGUCCUAUUUUAAAUGGUGGUUAUGUAAGCGUUCAUCAAACAGACUUCACUUCUCCGUACAUUUUGAGGAAUACAACAAACACAUACAAUUUUGGAUACAGCAUCGCGAGUGGCUACUUUCUAUCAGAUAAGGAAAUCACCCACGCCGUCAGUUCUACUUAUGGAACGUAUGGCGAGGGCCAGGUAUCUAUAUUCGGCAGAGAUUUCAAAGAAAAAUAUAGAAUUAUAAAUAAAGGAGUUGGGUCUAUGUAUGGAGCUGUGCUAUGCGCCUUGCGCUUGGAAGGCAGCCGUUCUUCUUUGUUAGUAGGAGCACCAACUUAUACAACAAACCCUCAUGAAUACGACGAAGGCGCUAUAUACCUAUAUGUGCCGAAUUAUUCUCCUAACGCAACUGAAAUGCUGGUACUUAAGAGAAGAAUAAAUGGGACAUCAAGUGCUGGUUAUUUCGGUUACUCUAUUGCCAACAUCGGAGAUUUAGAUGGCGACGGCAAAGAUGAAAUUGCGAUUGGAGCGCCUUAUGAAGAUGAAGGAAAGGGAGCAGUGUACAUUUACUCAGGACAUGGUCUUCUAUCUGGCAAACCUUGGCUACAAAAAAUACAUCGAAAGGAGAUCCGAUCCUUUGGAUUCAGUCUUGCGUCAUUAACUGAAUCUUAUGAAGACGUAUGUAAUGGGCUAGCCAUCAGCGCGCCGCUCGUCAACAAAGUAUUUCUAUACAAAUGCACGGCUUAUAUAACUGUUAACUUACGCACAAAGUUCCCGGAUUUGCAGAAACGCGAGAAUCGACGUUUUUUUGAAUUCGAUGCAUGUAUAGAUUUUAUCUAUCCUAAGAAACCCGAAUUAAUUGACUCAGAAAUUGAAUUCAAAGUUAAAAUAACGCAUACAUAUGCAAGAUUAGAUGGCGCUGCAGCUGAUGGGUCAAUUACUCAUCAUAUAUUUUUUAAAGAACGUCCCAAAACCUUUUGCGCUACCUCCAAAGUGUUGACACCAGAGGAAGGUGAUUACGACGAAAUGAUAAAAUAUAACAUAACAGCAGAUUUGAGCGAAUCGAUGCAGAAAAAAACAAAAGAAAAGUUUAAUAGAGCACACGUUCUCCUGAGUGACAGGAGCGUGCGGUCUUUGGAAGGUCAGCUUUGGGCAGCUAACUGCAAUAGGACGUAUGGUCGCUGCGUGCCCUAUCUCACCCUUAAGUCGGUCACUACAAUAUCCGACCCGUACUUAGUGGGCUCUUCAAAAGAGGAAAGUUUUUCCUUAAUUAUUUUGAACUCUGGCGAGACUGCUUAUAGUCCGUGCGUGAUAGUGACCGUAGUCGGCGCUCACGUGCUGAGCCAUCCCCCUGCAUGCACGCGCGGAAAUGUCUCGUCGCAAGUGAUCUGUAAGCCAAAUCAAAUAUUACCUAGUGGAUAUAAAUGGCCAACUGGUAAAAUCGAGAUUGAUACGUCGUUUGCAACGAAUCAAUUGGACGAAUUAACGAUCCAGUCGGACCUGUACGAUAAUUGCAAAAACAGAACAGAUAAAAAAACGGUACAACAACUAUUCGGUUUAAUUUAUGACUUCAGCAAUAUUAAUAUACAGGGUCUUACCAACCCGAGUAAAUUCAUGAAUAUUACAACCGUUGAUAUCGCACUUGGGAAGCAAUUUCACCAUUUAUAUUCGAUAAGGAAUGAUGCUCCGACAGACUAUUUGAAUGCAAAAUUUAAAAUUUUGCUAGAAAAAAGAAAAUACUUAAGUUACUCAAUAGAGGUGGCCUGCAAAUGCUAUAUCAUAAAAAAAAAUGAAACUGACACCAUGAUCGAAUACACAUAUAAGGUCGAAGAGCUGAGCAGAAGAAAUGAAACAAAUGUGUAUCUAAGUAUUAAUAUCGUGCCAGAUACUCUGGAUGAAUUAAUACCAGGCGGAAAUGUUACAAUACCGUCAAAACUAACUUUGUAUUUGAAAGAAGAUAUACAAGAAUUAAGUGUCUCGACGACCUUGACACUCAAAUCAACCAAAGUUGCCGCGUGGAUUAUAAUUAUCGCAAUUCUGAUGGGUCUACUUAUUUUGCUUUUAAUAGCCUUCAUAUUGCGCGAGUGCGGCUGCUUACAAAGGAAAAAUAAGAAAAAAUUAAAUAGCUUAAAAGAAUUUGUCCGAACUCAGAGUAUGCGUGAAAACUCUCGUGGACAUAGUAUGCAGCGGGGGGACUAGGAAACAAUUUGUAUGACAUAUGUCUAUGGUCGAAAAAUAAAUUAAAUUAAUUGCAAUUCAUCGCAUAUGUUAUCCUUUUUAUCAUUGUGUUUGAAAAAAACCGAACCGUGCAAACCGAAAGAAGAUGAUGGAUUAUACAUGGAACAAAUUCAUCGACAGAAUUAUAAAUUAAUCUUAAGCUUUUGUAAUUAUUAUAAGAAGAA